AUGGUCAAGCCCCGGGGGCUACCCUACGUCUGGGGCUGGAUGGCUCUCAGCAGCUGUCUCCUGACUAAAGCACAGAUAGAUUCUGAUGGCACAAUUACAAUGGAGGAACAGAUUGUCCUUGUACUGAAGGCUAAGGUGCAAUGUGAACUGAACAUCACAGCUCAGCUCCAAGAGGGAGAGGGAAAUUGUUUUCCAGAAUGGGAUGGACUAAUUUGCUGGCCCAGAGGUACAGUGGGGAAAAUACUGGCUGUCCCAUGUCCUCCUUAUAUUUAUGACUUCAAUCAUAAAGGAGUUGCAUUCAGGCACUGUAACCCAAAUGGAACGUGGGAUUUUAUGCACAGUUUAAAUAAAACGUGGGCCAAUUAUUCAGAAUGCCUCAGCUACUUGCAACCAGAAAGCAGCACAGGAAAGCGGGAGUUCUUUGAACGUCUCUACAUCAUGUACACUGUUGGAUAUUCCAUCUCCUUCAGUUCCUUAGCUGUAGCUAUUUUCAUCAUUGGUUAUUUCCGGAGGCUGCAUUGCACCAGGAAUUAUAUCCACAUGCACUUAUUUGUUUCUUUCAUGCUGAGGGCUGCAAGCAUCUUUAUUAAGGACAAAGUGGUCCAUUCUCAUGUGGGUGUAAAGGAACUUGAGUCACUUAUGAUUGGUGAUCCACGAAAUAUAAUGGUGGCACCACCAGUGGACAAAUCACAAUACGUGGGAUGCAAGAUUGCUGUUGUGAUGUUUAUUUACUUCUUGGCCACAAACUACUAUUGGAUCCUAGUGGAAGGCCUCUAUCUACACAGUCUCAUCUUUGUGGCUUUCUUUUCGGAUACCAAGUAUCUUUGGGGCUUCACCUUGGUAGGCUGGGGAUUUCCAGCAGUAUUUGUUGUGGCCUGGACAGUGGUACGAGCAAUGGUGGCAGAUGCAAGGUGUUGGGAGCUUAGUGCUGGAGACAUCAAGUGGAUUUACCAAGCACCUAUAUUAGCAGCAAUUGGGCUGAACUUCAUUUUGUUCCUCAACACCGUGAGGGUCCUGGCCACUAAAAUUUGGGAGACCAAUGCUGUUGGGUAUGACACAAGAAAACAAUACAGAAAACUCGCAAAGUCUACUUUGGUUCUGAUCUUGGUCUUUGGGGUCCAUUACAUUGUAUUUGUGUGUCUGCCCCACACUUUCACUGGAUUAGGAUGGGAGAUCCGGAUGCACUUUGAACUCUUCUUUAACUCCUUUCAGGGUUUCUUUGUGUCAAUCAUCUACUGUUACUGCAAUGGAGAAGUUCAAGCUGAAAUCAAGAAGACAUGGACCAGAUGGAAUCUGGCUGUUGACUGGAAAAGGACAACUCCAUGUGGCAACUACAGAUAUGGCUCUGUCCUCACCAACAUGACUCAUAGUACCAGCAGCCAGUCUCACAUGGUAGCAAGUGCCCGCUUGGUGCUGAUCUCUGGCAAAGUUUCUAGGAAUGUCAACAAACAGCCUGAAAGUCAUGUUAAUUUACCAGGCUAUGUCAGGAGCAAUUCAGAACAGGACUGCCUUCAUCAAUGGAUCCAUGAGGAACCUAAUGAAAAUGAAGAGAAGCAAGUGGAUGCUAUAUCACUGAAGGAGUGUCUGAAGCCAGUUACAACUAUCAUAGACCCUGAGGGAAACAAAGGAGAAACUGAAGAUGCUGUCUGA